AUGCGGGGGCCCGAUGGAGAAUCCAACCUUGCGCGCCUUCUUGCUGCGAGGCUGCACAUAAACCGUCAUCCUUGGACCCUACCGUGGAAGGAUGGCCAUAUUCUAAGCGCCACUUACAUGAAUGUAGGUACAAGAUGGUUAUUUAAUGCGAAUCCAACGGACAGCGCGCCCCCAGAGACAGAAAUACUAACUGGAAGGCGGACCUUGCAUUGUGAGAGAGGCGAGUAUGCAUGUCUCGAGAAGACUGCUAGCAAGAUACUCCGACCAAGCCGGGUGUGCUCCGUGCUCCAACGCGACAACUCCCCGCAACAUCGAUCUGCAGCAUACAAUACCAUGUCGAGUGGAACUGUUAGACUCAACAAUUAUCUUCAAUCGAAGGGUCUCCCGACCGCGGUAUCCUGGGUAGAAGUCAGCAAGCCUCCCGAGCACGCGCCUACAUGGCUUUGCGAGUGCAAGAUCUCUGGCAAGAGUUACGGGAUCGGCCAAGGAUCUACGAAGCAAGCUGCCCGGAAUGUUGCGGCCGAGAAAGCGAUGGCAAGGAUUGACGCAGAAGGCGGCCUUUAG